AUGGAUAUUGAUCCCCGGUUGGCGGGCCCACGUGCGGGGUCGAGCUCUUCCUUUGCUGUUGGUAGCGUCGGUGUCGCGAGCUCGACAGCUAUACCACCUGCACACCCGCAUGGAGUCGACGGAGCUGGAGGUGGAAGUGGAAGACCACUCGGGUUCUUACCACCACCACCUCACCAUCACACGCCGAUCCAAAGUGCACCCCCGGUCUUUACCCCUACUACUGUAAUUCCUAGUGGUAGUAGUUCCGCAGCAGCUGCAUUAGCAGAUCAGAAACGACCCCGAGCUUGCGAGUCAUGUCGAGGCCUUAAGGUCCGUUGCGAACCGAACGAAGCAAACCCUUUUGCAACAUGUAAACGUUGCGCCAAGGCGAACAGGGAGUGUAUCUUCACAGCACCGUCACGGAAGCGGCAGAAGAAGAGUGACAGUAAGGUUGCAGAGCUCGAGAAGAAGAUCGAUGCAUUAACAGCGAGUUUAAACGCAACACGUGCACGGCAGGCACGGGGUAUAGAUGAAGAUGAUGAGGAAGAAUAUGGGGAAGAUGGGGAUACUCCCAGUGCACUGGACGCUGAAUUCUCGCCUAUCUCCAGGCCGCCUAAAAGACUGAGACAUGAAGAUCCACAUCAAAUAUUGGGAGAUGGAAAUUUCAAAGGGACUUCCUUGCCAGCGCUGAAGGGUGGGAAAAUAUCCACAACCUCUUAUCUGCGACCCACGGAUGAGGACAUGGCUAAAUAUGUCUUUAUUGACGUAGUCGACCGGGGGAUAUUAAGCAUGGAGACAGCUACAAAGAUCUUUAACCACUACGUCGAAGAUAUGAUCCCAAACCUCCCAGCUGUUGUGUUCCCACCCGACACAACGGCUGAAGACAUACGCCGGGAGAAGCCAACGUUAUUUCUUGCCAUCCUUGCUGCAGCUUCUGGAACGAGUGAUCCUGCAUUGCAUAAAACGCUGUAUAAUGAGAUAUCUCGUGCAUUUGCAGAAAGGGUCAUGAUAAAUGGGGAGAAGAGCCUUGAGCUUGUACAAUCUUUGACUAUAUGUAGCAUGUGGUACUAUACCCCAGAUCAUUAUCAGGAGUUGAAGUUCUACAUGUAUAUCCAUCAGGCUGCGGUCAUGGCCCUGGAUAUCGGGAUUACGAAGAAGCGGAAAAUUAUUAAAGGAAGUGUGCGGGGAUUGCCACCGUUCCCAACACAGAAAGCUUCAAUACCGUCUUUAAGUGGGGGUGGAGCUGCACGUGGGGGGGCUGGUAAUGAAAGAGGGGGGCAACAGAAACCUGAUGGUGAUACUGGUCCCCCAACACUCCAUCCUCCGCCUGCGCCGGUACCUCCAGUGCCCCCACUACUCAGAUCACCAUUCCCUGAUCCUGAAGCUAUUGAGACUAGAAGAGCACUAUUAGCAUGCUACUGGUCAUGCUGCAAUGUAUCCAUGGCACUGAGGAGGCCUAACUUGCUUAGAUUUACGGAUUUUAUGGAUGAAUGUAUUGAGGUACUUGAGAGCUCCCCACAGGCAGCCGCGUCUGAUAAGGCAUUUUGUCAAUGGGUCAAGUUACAAAAGAUCGCAGAUGAGAUUGGAAUUGGAUUUGCGUUUGACGACCCAAAUGCAAAUGUUACGAUUGACGACCAGAGAGUCCAGUUUUCACUAAAAGGGUUUGCAAAACAAUUGGAGGAUUGGAAGUCGAAAUGCCCACAAGAUAUCUGGGAAGGCGCAAAAUCCCUCCAACUAACCUACAAUCUAAUCAUGGUAUAUGCACAUGAGAUUGCGCUACACCGCGACCAUAAUGUUGAUGACUUCCAACCGCCAUACACUGAAUCCAUGAUGCGUGAGCCGUCAAUUAAACCCAACGAACUUCUCUCUUCCUUUCACCUCGACGCUAUUUCCCGAUGUCUCUCAUCUUCUCACCGAGUCCUCGAUACCUUCAUGAGCAUGACCAUUCAAGCUAUCCGCUCGGUCCCCGUGUUCACAUUCGUUAGGACAUCGUAUGCAUGUAUAAUUCUCAUCAAGUUGUACUUUUCAGCUUCGCACCCACAGAGCGAACUAGGAAAGGUUAUCGAUAAAAACUCGUUGAAGAUAGAUGAGUACAUGGAUCGUCUACUAGAUACUCUCAAGAAAGCCGCAGAUGGGAAGGCGAGCAAGCAGGCCGGUAGAUUUACGGCGAUUCUCCAGAUGCUACGACAUUGGUACAGCACUCAAAAGGCCGAAAUCGACCGGGGGUCUGCGGAGAGCGUCCCAGAGCCCACAUUCAAGCGUCUUGGACUCUCAGAAGGCAGGCGCCCGCCAAAUACCUAUGGUGCCAUUCCAAUGGAAGGGAUGGAAACUCCUCGUAGCAUGGACGACGUAUCUGCAGCAAAUACUCCAGAAAACGACAAGGGUCACCAUGAUACAAUGCGGCCUCCUCUUCUGCCAGGAUCAUCUUCAUUGAACGCUGCAACACCAUUACAAAUACUCUCCACUACUGCCCUUGAAUCACCGCAUCAUGGGCAAUACGCAAGCGCGCUCAGCCCAACGUCGAACAUGGAAAUGGCAACUCCACGAAGUGCGCCGCCCUCGUAUGGGAAAUGGCCUCAAGAUCAUGACUUGUAUGCUAUGGGUCACGGGAAUGGGCCCGUAACGCCAGUUAUGGGCAAUAAUGAGAUGACACACAAUGGGCACGGUGGGCAAAGUGGGCACAUGGGGUACGGCUUGGGUGGUGAUAACGGCGGGGUAAACACUGGAGGGCCGAUGGAUUAUGCACACCCUGUGUUUACCGGAAAUGGAGAGUAUAUGAAUGAUACGUUUUGGGGCCUGAUAGAGGAACCAAUGACCAUGUUUGAUCUAGGCGGAGUAAAGUACUCAUAA